UGUGACCUCUGGAUUUUCAUAACAAUUCGAGCCAUUUGAAUGCAACCAGCCAAGACGUCCCGUCAAAGUCAGCUGUGAUACGCCAACGGCUGUCGCCGCUGGAUCAAACUCCUACAUUCAAAGUCAGCGUUCGCUAAAACAGUAAGGAGUGAAAAUGGAAAGGGGUGGGCAGAAAACGGAGGGAGGGGAGGUGAGGAGAAAAGGCGAGGCAAAUGUUUUCCUAAGUUAAGGCGAAACACAUAUAAACGAAGAUAAAGGCGAUAAGAUAUCUUGUCAGUGUAUCCGCGCGACUGGGAUUGCGCGUUUCACCAGCAAAAGAGUAUCUGACAGCGCGGGGCGUGCUGUGACCAAACAUCCGAGCGGGAGCCGAUGACACGCUCGACCCCAGAACCAAGGUGCUGACCACAACAUUGACCCGAAGUGCAACGACACAGCAUCUUUAGCCAAGGCCAGUAACCGCUGUACACUUUUGCUUGAAUCAACCCCCUGCGUCGCGACCUGACGUCCAGCAAACUAUAGCUUUCCAAAGUAAUGGAUACAUAUCAGCUACGAAUUACAUACGCUAUAAACAGCCCCUGUGGAAUCACUUAGCCAAAAAGAAGACAAGCGAUGGCAUGAUUAAAAAACUCCGUCAGCCUCUGGCUACGGAGGAUUGUGGGAACUGUAGUCACAUAUUUGAUCUCCCAAGCGAAACACUAUGAUUGGACAGGCCCUUAUAAUAAAUAGUAGCUCUGCACAUUCAGGAAUGAUUGAAUGUGCAAGUAUUCUGGAGCAAUGUCAAAUGUGAGCUUGCAGUCGGAGACAUUGUGCACAAUUACAACGGCACAAACUAUUAAACAAUAACUAAUAUACCAUCAGAGUUUUCGCUGGGCUCAAAGGGAGUCCCAAGGCAGAGGUCACAGCAGAAAAAGCUUGUGAUCAGACAACAUCAUUAUUACAUUACAUUACAUUAUUGGCAUUUGGCAGACGCUCUUAUCCAGAGCGACGUACAGUUGUUUAGACGAAGCAGGAGAUCCACAGAGCAUCGAUCUGAUGAGUGAUGAGUUAAUGAGUGAAGUGCUUGUAUAAAAAUCCACACAUUUACUAAUGUUUACUCUUAUUAACUGUGACUUCUGCACCACACAAAGAGCCCCUCCCUCUCCACAGUCUCGCCCUGGAGUAGAAGAUGGAGGAGGAGAAGGAGAGAGAGAGAGAGCGGGAGGAGAAGGAGCGAGAGAGUGAGCGGGAGGAGGAGAAGGAGUGUGACGAGACAGAGGAUUCCGCUCGGGCCGCAGAAGGGGCGGUCCUGUCCUCAAAGGAUGACUCUGACUUACCCAUCAUGCACUGGGAGGCUCUGAGCAUGCGCAUCGCAGAGCUGGAGAAACAGGAGGAGGAGAGGAAGGAAAGGUUAAAGAGCACUGCAGAGGUGGAGCGAGGGAAUGUGUCGGUGGGCUGGAUGGAGGAGAGGGAUGGAGGGAGCUGGUGGGAGGACGUGGAGGCAGACAGAAGCCGGAGGAUCACUGCGCUCACUUCACGGUUCCACAACCAGAAGAACCUGCAGCUGUGCUUCAUCAACGACAGCGGCAGCGAGGAUGAGGAGGGAGAGCGAGCGGGGGGGGAGAGCUCCAGAGAGGCUGCGGCCCGUGGGCGUGGCCCAGCAGAUCAGGCCCCUCCCCCUGCAGCAGGUCAGGCCCCUCCCCCUGCAGCAGCUGAAAGGGCCACGCAGACACGGGGACUGAAACUGGAGGUGAGGGCCGCACUCAGCGCACUCAGAGACAAGCUGUGGAGUGAGCAGAAACAGAAGGAGCGGUUAGCGUGUGCUGCUACACAGGUGGAGAGGAGGCCAUUGGCUCUCAGUGAUCUCCAGGCCCUCAGUCUAAAGGAGCUGAGCUCCCACAGAGCCUCCCUCACACAGGCCAUCCACGACCUGAGCUCGGAGCUGGUGAAUCGACUGUUGACACGGGACCAGCUGAGGACAGAACAGGAUGCUAUGCUUCUGGAUGUGGAGGAUAUGACAUCAGUGUGACAUCAUUGGUGGUCUCAAAAUACGAUGACCAGGAUGACCCUGUCUGUUUCAUGUCACUCAUUUAAUCUCUCUGAGACCACUUCUGCAUCACACAGUCAACAGUGACAUCACAUCGUGUCCAGUGACUUCACACUGUGCUUGGUGACAUCAUACUGUGAACAGUGACAUCACAGACGCAGAGACAACAUGACUUUGUUGUGGAUGAUCACAGACCCUUGAACGGAUGCACUUUUUUCCUGGGGUGCUUAUCGCCAUGGCAACCUACAUUUGAGCACCUGUGCCAUAAGUGUGACCGUAGCUGGACAAAAAUGUGAACAGAGCAGGAUUCUGCACCGGUAUCUGGCCCCAGUCUACCUGCCUGUCUCUGGCUCUCAAAUGUAACCUGAACGAGGCUGAUGGGGAUGGGGGAGCUAGUCCCUAUCUCUCACAUACACACACACACACACACACACACACUCACUCACACACACACACUCACUCUCGCACACUCACACACUCACUCACACACACACACACACUCACACACUCACUCACACACACACUCUCACACACACACACACACACACACACUCACACACACACACACACACACACACACACACACACACACACUCACACACACACACACACACACACACAUUCACACACACACAGACACGUGCUCAUGGUGUCAGGUUGCGGUCACAGUUGGACAGUCUUAAUGACGGUGGCUAACUCGGAGACCGUGAGCUGCUCUCUCUCCUGGUGGAGCUGAGAGGAUGAUCAGUGUUAAUGGAGGAUUCGGGGCUGGGUGGAGGUCCUCUGAGGGGGGUGAUGUUCUUUGUGUAAGGGGGGAGCCGCAGGGACAGCCUGACCUGGCCUGUGUAAGUCUGGGUGAGAUUUACUAAUUCUAUUAACAAAAAUGAAAGAACGUCUUAAUGAUUUAAAAGUGCCUGUUUUUGUUUUUUUGUAUCUCUUGCUAUGCAGUAUGUGUCUUGUUCAUAAACCUAAAUAUUAUGACA